AUGACCUUUUCAGACCAUCCCCUCGUUUCACAUUUUUCUGCUCUCACCUCUCACUGAUACUCUAUAAAGAAGACGAAGAAGGUAGAAGAUAGAGCUAGGGUUUUGGCAAUUUGACCGUCUGCGCGGUGAGAGCUUCAACUCCAUGGACUCUGGUGUACCUUAAACCUCCUCUCUUACGCCUCCAAUGACGUCUUACCUCGACGCCGUCAACCAUCGCAACGCAACCGCCGUCUCCGCCCCCAACACCAAGCGUAAGCUCGACGAUUAUGCGGACGACCUUUCAUCUGAGUAUCUAGUCUCUUGCCCCGUCAGGAUGCGAAAAGACCAGCCUCUCCCUUCCUCCCCCACCGAUUUCCACCUCCGCUCCACAUCCGGAGCCUCCGACUGCCGAUCAUCGUCGUCCUCUGAUGCUGCUUGCUCGACAUCGUCGUCCCCCGGGUCCGCUCCGUAUGCGGAGUCAACUAGGGUUUUCGGUCGGCUUCAGUUCUUUGUCCGUUUGCUGUCUGGCGGAAAUACUUUGGUUAUACACGCCGACUUUGACGACACAGUGAAAUCCAUCCACGAGAAAAUCCAAGACAGCACCGGAAUUCCGGUGACCGAGCAGCGGCUAAUCUACCGAGGGAAGCAGCUCCAGUGGGAGCAGACUUUGGCCGAGUGCGACAUUCAGAAUGACGCAGGGUUGCAACUUGUCGCCCGGAUGAGGAGCACGGGGUACCCUCAAGCUUGGCAGUUGAUCAACGACAUGGUUUCAGAGAUUUUUGUGCUUUGCAAGACCGAGUAUCCUCAGCCGACGCAGAGAAUCAGAAAGAUACUCAAGGAAUUUCUUGGAAAUACUCCACAAACAGAUGUUUUUAAAGCCUCUGAAUACCUGCAAAUCUUCCUCUUAUCCCGUGCUCCGACGGCUCUUGUUAUGCUUUAUGCCUCUCCUGUGAAGGCUAAUAGAGAUUGUGCUUCUGAUUCUAUUCGACUGUUUAUUGUUUCGAGUAAGACUAUCUUGUCUAAGCCCAUAUACUUACAAUUUGCACCUAUAAUUAUAGAGUUCUGUAUGUUGUUGAAUAGGGCUGCUGGGACUAAAGAUCCUGUGUAUUGCCUUUGCCGGAGUAGCUUAGGGUCUAUAGUGGAGUCUGUUGGAAUUGGAUGUGGGGUGGGUAGUGAUAAGUUGUUGGUACGAAUGCAAGACAUUUUUCCAUUUGUUAGAGAGUUGGCUACUAAAAUAUCAGAAGAUUUAGGGACAAGUAUGGAUAGAUUGAUGGGCCCAUCAGAAACUGAUGUGCGGGACUUUAUUGCAUUUAUGCUCCCAGUGAAGAAGGUAAUAGUAGAUGGAGUUGCAUCUGAUGGCAAGAUCACUCUGCCAUUGCGGGAGGAACGCAACAGUGGUAGGGGGAAGUAUAGCCUAUGCUACAGGGAUGAGAUUAAAUUGCUGCAUUCGAUAUUCCUUGAUUUGCUUGAGAAAAUGGAGCAAUGUUUAAAGAAAAUGGAGGUGCGAUUGGAAUCCAGAGAGAAAGGAGAGACAACACCUGUUGUGCCUGGGUGCUGCCAGUAUCUUGCUAUUUUGAAAGAGUUGAAUAGCAUUGCUGAACGUUUCAAAGGUGCACAGAAGAUAUUUUGGGAGAUGAUGAGGCUGAGAAAGGCUUCUUUCAGCUAUCUCGUUGUUAGAUUUGCAAAAAGGAAUGAUGAUCAUCACUGGAUUAUGAAGCACAAGGAAGUGACUACUUUUGAGGCAAGGAGGCAUUUGGCUAUGCUGAUACUUCCAGAGGUGAAAGAUGAGUAUGAAGAUCUGCAUGAGAUGCUUAUUGAUAGGUCCCAGUUGUUAUCAGAAUCAUUUGAGUACAUUGCACAUGCGGAACCUGAAACUUUGCGUGGUGGUUUAUUUAUGGAAUUUAAGAAUGAAGAAGCUACAGGGCCAGGUGUUUUGAGGGAGUGGUUUUUCUUUGUAUGCCAAGCAAUCUUCAACCCUCAAAAUGCACUUUAUAUGUGUUGCACCAAUGAUCGCAGGAGAUUCUUUCCAAAUCCAGCAUCCAAGGUCAACCAACUGCACCUAGAGUACUUUAAUUUUUCUGGCAGGGUGAUUGCCUUAGCCUUGAUGCAUAAGAUACAAAUUGGCAUUGUCUUUGACCGUGUGUUCUUUUUACAAUUGGCUGGAAAAGAAAUUUCCUUGGAAGAUAUUCGAGAUGCAGACCCUUUCUUAUACAAUAGCUGCAAACAAAUUCUCGAGAUGGACCCAGAGAUAGUUGAUCAAGAUGUGCUAGGUCUUACAUUUAUCCGAGAAGCUGAAGAGUUGGAGUCCAGGGAGAUUAUUGAGCUUUGUCCUAAUGGUAGAAGUACCAUUGUAACUAGCAAGAAUAGAAAGCAGUAUGUCGAUCUUCUUAUUCGGCAUUGUUUUGUCACAUCUAUUGCUGAACAGGUUACCCAUUUUGCACAAGGUUUUACUGAUAUCAUAGGUAGCUCAGAGCUUCAAAAGUCAUUUUUCCAGGGCUUAGAUCUUGAAGAUCUUGACUGGAUUCUUCAUGGGAGUGAAACCCCAAUAUCUGUUGAAGACUGGAAAGCAAAUACUGAUUAUAAUGGCUUCAAAGAAAGUGAUCCUCAGAUCUCCUGGUUUUGGAAGAUUGUCGGGAGAAUGACAGCUGAGCAGAGAAAGGUUCUUCUGUUUUUCUGGACUUCAAUAAAGUAUCUGCCAGUAGAGGGGUUUGGUGGUUUAGCUUCUAGGCUUUGCAUCUACAAAAGCACUGAAUCUUUUGAUCGCUUGCCUUCCUCACAUACGUGCUUUUACCGCCUAUGCUUUCCCCCUUACCCAUCCAAGGAUAUCAUGAAAGACCGUCUUAACUUUAUCACCCAGGAGCACGUUGGGAGCAGCUUCGGUACUUGGUGACAUUUGCAGGUUCUGUAUGAACUUAUUUUUAUUUGUACAUAAGAUAUGUUACUCAGCUUGUACAGUAGUAGUAGUACUUAGGAUACUCUUUUCUGUUUGGCACAUGAUUGUUGCAAGAGGUUGCUACUUAAUUGUGCUUACAUUGACAAAUCUUUAGUGUAUGUUUUCUUCAACUGUUUAUUCAAAUUUAGCAAUAGCAUUUAUAAGAAAGUCAAAAGUACAGUUUUUAACCAUCUAUUUCUUCUUUAAGUUGAUGUGUGGGGGGUUGUAUACUUGUGUAGUGGUGAAAGAUCUGUGGAUACAACUGUAAUCUUUAGUAACUGCGCAUAAAUAAAAAUUUUGUGGGUUUGUACC